GCCGACUACGUGGUAUUAUAGUGACCAUGCUGGCCGGUCUGAGCAUGCGGCGCUGGGGCGCGGCCCUGCUGCUGGUGAGCUGUGCGGCCAGCUCGGACCUGCUCCAGCGCCUGUCGCGCGCCCACUUCGACUUCACGCUGGGCAUGUACACGACGCUGGUCAACGUCACCGACGACCGGCAGCAGAACCUGCUCGUCUCGCCCUACUCUGUCUUCUCGCUGCUCUCGAUGCUGUUCCUGGGCGCCGGCUCUGAGUCGCUGUCGUCUGCCCAACUGCGCGCCGUCCUGCGCUUCCACAACAUCAGCUACGCCAGCGUGCAGAAGGCCUUCAAGGAGGUGACUCAGGUACUGGACCAGCCCUACUACUGGCGCCACUUCCGCGAGCGCUCGCUGCUGCAGCUCUCCAGCCAGGUGGCGCCUGACAGUAUCUACGUGCGCGCGCUGGCCGAAUACUACGGCUGCAUGAACCAGACGUACCCGGCGCCGGCAGACGAUGCCGCAGAGUUCUUCGGCUGCGCGGUCAACAACCAGAGCGAGCUGGCUGAACCGGCGGCCUUCGAGCGGCUGGCGGCCUGGCUGCGCGCCGGCAGCAGCGGCGACCAGUCCGAACUGGAGGGAGCCGUGCGCAGCGCGCUGGCCGACCGGCCCGUGCUGCUGCUGCUCUCCAGGGUGCGCUUCCACGGCCGGUGGCUGCAUCCGUUCGAUCCGGCGCGCACCUUCAGCAAAGGCCUGUUCUUCUCCGAGCCAACGCAAAGGCUAGAAGUACCUAUGAUGACCGGUCGACUGCGCGUGCCGCUCGGAUACAGCGCCGACAUGGAGGCGCGCGUGCUGGAGCUACCGCUGGUCAGCCGGCGUAUCUCCAUCUUCCUGCUGCUACCGGACGACAUGGAGCGUGGCCUGGCGCUGCUCGAGGCCAACCUCACCAUGGACAACCUGCGGACACUGCUGGCCACGCUAAAGGAAGCCGUGGUGAACGUGAAGCUGCCCAGGUUUCGUCUGGAGGACUCUGGCGACCUGCGCACCGUGCUCAUGUCGCAGGGUUUGACGGACGUGUUCGACCCGCGCUCUGCUGACCUGACCGGUAUCGACCCGCAGGGGCGCGUCCAUCCCGGAAACCUCUUCUACUCGACCAGUCUGGUGCUGGACGAGUCGGUAGAGGCUUCAGACUGGAUGGGCGACCGGAUGGCGCCGCCGACCGACUCGCGGAUCACGGACAAGUAUUUCGAGGUGGACCACCCGUUCGUGUUUCUGGUGUGGGACUACCACUCUGCCAUGGUGCUUCUGAUGGGCCGAGUCGUGCACCCGCAGCCGCUGUAUCAGCAGUGACCCUGAGAGCGCCGCGGGGACAGCAGCACCGGCGUGUCGCCGGAGGGACCUCUCGGCAGUGAUACGGCGCCGCCUGAAUCGGUGGACUGCACGCACCGGCCACCCUAACCCGUGGUGAGCUGAGUCUGCGAGCUCACGGCUCACGACUCAGCCCAGUAGGCCGGCUGUGAGCGUCAGUGAGUAGUCGUGAGUAAGCCACCGAGGGCGGCGCGCGGCCCGUUCAGCGACUCCCGGCGAAGUGCAGUGACCAUUGGUUCCUUAUGAGGCCGGCGGGCGCGCCUGCUGACAAGGCCCAGAAGGGAAGGGUGGCUGCCCGCGGAACUGGGUUACCGUUCUGCGUCAGAGGCCGCAGGUCCGAGCGUACGACCCUGGGGCUCGGAGGGUGACCACUGCGCACCGCUCCCGGAGCCCUGCUGAGCUCUGCACGGCAAACUGCUUGGCCGGCUGAGCUGGGACCGAGCGCCGAGCGCUGUCGGGAGCAGCGCGGGACCAUGUCUUUCGGGACCGCCCUGCACGGGACCAGUCUCUGACCCGGCGCUCGUCGUGACCUGUCGGUCACAUCCCACCCGCCCCGCCGACCCGGUGGGCCUGCGCCGCGCCGAUCCGCUCAGGGCGUCUGUGUACGGGCCGCCUUUAAUGGCCGUGCUUCGCCGAAGCUAAACCGUUUUGCAGUUGGCGCCGUUUGCAGGGAGCGGACGCGCUGCAGGGCCCUGGCGCCGCGCCGUGAUAUCUCGAUCUGGUGGCAGUCGCUGACGGCCGAUACUCCGCGCAGCGCGCGCGCUGGGGAGGCGUGCGACCGCACCACGCGAGCGCUGUUAUAUUAUAUUUAUCUCUUUGUAAGCUCGCGCAUCUCAUCAUUUACCUGGUAGAUAAAACGCAUGCUAUUAAAUUGUAACUAUUUCAAUGUGAAUAUGAGAUGAUGUGUGUCUAUGCAUUGAUAUAAUGAGUGUGUGGGGGUGCGUACGCUGUCAUUGGAUUGUUGCGAGGCAUGUCACGAUAAAGCACCUGUUAAAACACCCGUCUGUAAGCGUGCCUAUGGAGUGUAUGCUACUGACGCUAUCGCAGUUGGUUGGACUUGUCCCGCUUUUGAUUUUUGUCAGUGUGCGAUUGGUUUAAAUCGCGCCAUGUGAACUGUGUAUUAUGCAGGGAGUUUUAACCUAACAUUGUGGUAAUGCUGUAACCUGUGAGGCUCGUGAUCAGAGCUGAAUAGCGCCGAGCCAGCCAACCUAUAAAUGUACUCUGAAUGUGGUCAGGGUGCCACGUUGUAAAUAGCUGUUGACUGGUGAGAAUAUAAGGCUUUUAGUGAACACUUCUUUUAUAUAUUUUUAUUCAUACCGCUACGAGGAAACGCAAUUUCAUUCAUUGGCAGCAGAGGAGGGUAUAAUUUGAUUCCAAAACACGCAUUGAAUUGAGAAUACAAGCGUUCACACUC